CGUAGCGGAUGUUGACACAGGCUGCGGGAAACAGCUGCGAGAGAGAAAACAGCGCAGAAACCGCGACACUGACACCCAAACACGCAAAAGAGAGCCAGGAAGAGGAGAAAACGAAGGGAAAGCGCCCUAAAGAGAGACAGACGAAGUCUUCCAAAGAAAACGACCAUUUAAGGACACAUCGGCGGUGACACAGAAGCCCAGAGCGCAACAGACGGACGGAGAGAUUGUUGGUCCCAGCUGCAGUGCGCCAUGGGGCGGAUUUUCCUGGACCACAUCGGAGGGACAAGGCUCUUCUCCUGUGCCAACUGCGACACCAUCCUGACAAACCGGUCCGAGCUCAUCUCCACGCGCUUCACUGGAGCCACCGGCCGCGCCUUCCUCUUCAACAAGGUGGUGAACCUGCAGUACAGCGAGGUGCAGGACCGCGUGAUGCUGACUGGCAGGCACAUGGUGCGUGAUGUCAGCUGUAAGAACUGUAACAGCAAGCUGGGCUGGAUCUAUGAGUUCGCCACAGAGGACAGCCAGCGCUACAAGGAGGGCCGUGUCAUCCUGGAGAGGGCGCUAGUGAGGGAGAGCGAGGGUUUCGAGGAGCACGUCCCAUCUGAUAACUCCUGAGCC